AUGGCGUCUCUCAGGGCGCUGUCCCCUGUGCCCGUCCGCUUCGCUGGCGUUGGCGGUGAAUUAAUGUGCAAGGAAGGUUUGCAAUCACUUUUUCCCAUGGAAGAAAUUGCCAUUAUGGGCAUGUGGGAGCUGCUGCCACACAUAUAUAGUAUCAAGAGGAAAAUUGAGGAUACUGCAAAUGCGGCUAUGCUAUUUCAACCUCAUGCUGUGGUUACAGUUGAUUCAAAGGGGUUUUGUUUUCGACUGUUGAAGCAAUUGAAAUGCAGAAGCAAUCAGAAGGUUCAAAGUCCUCUGCAUAUCCAUUAUGUUUCGCCAUCAUUCUGGGCCUGGAAAGGUGGUGAAAGCAGGCUCUCUAAAUUGCAUAAUUUUGUGGAUCACAUGUUGUGUAUUCUUCCAUUUGAGGAAGAAAUAUGCAGAUUAAAUGGGUUGCCUGCUACUUAUGUGGGCCACCCCUUAUUGGAUGAUGCGAUUGGCCUAAACAUGGGGCCAGAAUUGUCCUCUGACAAGUCCAAGUAUCAAAGAAGUUGUGAAGCUUUCCGACUGGAACAUGGGCUGUCCCCAGGUGCCACAAUCAUAACCAUGUUGCCUGGAAGUAGGAUGCAGGAGGCUAGUAGAGCAGCAUUAUGUACUUCAGGUACAGCUGUUAUGGAACUAAUGUUAGCAAGACUACCCUGUGUGGUAGCUUACCAAGCUCAUUUCAUUACAGAAUGCUUUAUCCACUUGAGGAAAAAGAUAAACUUUAUUUCUCUGCCCAACAUUCUCUUGAAUUCUCCUGUUGUGCCUGAGAUCCUAUUUCGGGCUUGUACAGCUAAGAAUCUAGCUGCAAAAUUAAGGCUGGCGCAAGCAUAUUUCUGCUGUGCUGACGAAUGGAGAGUUCAUUCUGUUGUCGACCUGACAUUGGGCAAUGGGAAGGUGGAAACUGUUCAUUCUGUUGUCGACCUGACAUUGGGCAAUGGGAAGGUGGAAACUUCCUCCAAGACUGAAAUUUCCGUCAAAGGGAUGUUCGCAGACGGUUGA